AUGCAAAAUUUCAUCCGCAAACGUGAUGUUUUAAUAUCUAAAAUAUUAGAUAAAAUGACAACAACAGAAAUUCAUUGUUUAUCAGCACUGGAAUUGAAUGCUACAAUGUUAAAAAUAUUUCACAACAAGUCAUUCGCGGUGAGAAACGAUAAAACACCAAAAGUACUUCAACAGUAUAAAGCGAAUACAUUAGCACGAUUGCCGAUGAUGUUGGCAAAAAUACAGUCAGGAGUACUUUUUGAGUACUCACACUUGAGUACAUUCACUAGGAUGACAUCAUUAGAACUUGAUGUCGAACAAUUUCUGCUAUUAGCUCCAUUAAAAUCUUUAUCAAAAAAGGAUGUCGAAGACUUAACAACUUUAGAUAGAUUAAAAACAUGGAAAGAAAAAUCUACCAUAAAUGAAAAAAUAAGUGAAUUACAAAAUCUGUCGCAAUUCAAAAAUGAUAUGAACUAUAAAAAAGCAAUUGUCAAUGAAAAUAUAAUCAGUUUCAUAAGAGAUGCAGAUCCAACGAAACUCGAACAACGACCAUUUUUGGUUAUUAUUGAUAAACGUCCGAAAACGUUCAUUGUGAAUGAUUCACAAUCGCUUCGUUAUAAUUUUUAUCAAAUUGAAAAACAUUCAAUGUAUUGCAAAGGUAAAAUCUGGUUAACUACAUCGUGUAAAUUAAAAGUCGAUCAAUAUGUCAAUUUAACGAAUGUCCAUUUGCAACCUGGUGAUGCCUACGUAUUUGAACUAUACUUUAUACAUGAAAAUUAUGACGAUAGUUACGAAUGGUGGCAAAAAGGUGUUAUUUAUGAACUAUUAGUGUCGUCUUAUCAAGAUUCAAAUAACGAUGGCAUGGGAGAUAUAAAUGGACUUCGACGACGAUUAGAUUAUAUAGAACAAUUAGGUGUGAAAACUAUUUGGUUGGCACCUAUCUAUGAUACACCAUGGAAAGAUUAUGGUUACGAUAUACGCGAUUUUUGUUCAAUUGAUAAACGAUUUGGUACAAUGAGCGAUUUCGAAGCAUUGAUAAACGAUAUUCACUCGCGUCACAUGAAAAUUAUCUUGGAUUUUGUUCCAAAUCAUACAAGUGAUGAACAUCCAUGGUUUCUUAAAGCUAAAGCUGGUGAUAAAAAGUACAUGGAUUAUUUUAUUUGGCAUAAAGGAAAUGCAAAUGAACAAGUAGACGGUCACAAUGGACUACCAAACAAUUGGUUGGGAUGUAGUGGUCUACCAAUGUGGACAUGGUGUCCUGAACUUGAAGUAUAUUAUUUACAUCAAUUUUUAGAUUGUCAACCGGAUUUAAAUUUUCGUAAUCCACAUGUUUUAGAAGAAAUUGAAUUAAUUUUAAAAUUUUGGUUAGAUAAAGGUAUUGAUGGAUUUCGUGGAGAUGCCAUUCGACAUCUCGUCGAAGAUGAGAAAUAUAAGGAUGAACCGAAAAGUGGACAAGAGAAAAAUCCCGUUAUGUACAUGUAUUAUAAACAUAUCUACACAGCUAAUCAAGAUGAAGAUUAUGAAAUUGUGAUUAGAUGGAGAAAAUUUCUUGAUGAAUAUAGUAUAAAAAAUGAACGAGAUUAUAUUCUAUUUAUUACAGAAGCCUAUGAUGCCGACGUCAAAAAAGUUGUUCAAUAUCAUGGUAGUAGUCGUAUGGAACGUGGUUCAGAUUGUUGUAUUAAUUUUUUUAUAUGUCAUUAUUUGGAUCUGAAGGAUAAAAAAGACGGUUUGGCUUUAAAUAAAUAUUUAUCGGAUUGGUAUUCCCAUAUUCCUGAUUGGUCUUGGUGUAAUUGGGAUUUAGGAAGUCAUGAUAGUCGACGAGUAACAUCACGUUUGCCAUCAAAAGAAUUAAUCGAUGGAUUUCAUAUGAUUCUUUUAUUAUCACCAGGAACAGCGUUAAGCUACUAUGGUGAUGAGAUUGGAUUUUGA